AUGGGCGCAACAAGACGGAUAUCGGCCGCCGCGAUUGCGACAACCGGACUUUUGUUUGGCGGCAGUAGUCUUGUUGCAUAUGCGUGGUGGCAUCGAUCCCUGUAUGCUGCAGAUAGUUAUGGACAGCAACGUGGCGUCAAUGCAUUGGCUCCAACGGAUCCACUUGCCCGAUUCCACCACUAUGCAGCGUGCGAUGCGGACGGAAUCAAGGCGUUGGAUUCCGCAGGCCUCAUUGCCUGUUUGUGUCUUCUUGACGAGGAGAGCAGGCAGUCGCUUGCACGCGAGGGACAGGAUCACCUCCCGCCCCAUGUCCGUCAACGUCUCGAACAUGUGUUUCAUCUCGUGGACGUUGACCAUGAUAGCAGCCUUUCGUAUGAGGAAUUUUGUAUUCUCCUCACUCUGCUCUCAGUGCGUCGCCAUCACCUAAAGCUGGCCUUUGGAGUCUUCGACAGGGACGAGGAUGGGCGUCUUUCGAGGCAUGAAUUCCGGCAUUUGUUGAAUGCAUUGAUGGUAGACCCCGCAGUGCAGGUGGUUAAGCACCGGCCUUCCCCAAAUCAACAACAACCGACGACAGACCCGAGCUCUGGGGUCUCGCUCACACCCAUCGUAGUCGAUUCUGAGGUCCCAAGGCAAAGACAGAGUGGCGUGUCGACAGUCACAAAAGAGGCGCUGUUAACAUCCCCGCUGGCCGAGCACUUUUUUGGAAUUCACAGCAAGCAAUGUAUUUCGUUUGAAGAAUUUUGGUUAAUGUUGCGUGAGCUUCGGCGGGAGGUGUGGGGGGUGGCGUUUGGCCUGUAUGACCUAAGAAACACCGGCCAAAUCACUUUGCAGGACCUUAGGCGUAUUAUCUUCCGCGGUGGUGGCAAGGAACAGCACAGGAGUGUUAUUGACGGCGUUUCCAACGUACAGGAGGAGGAGCUGGAGAGGAGGGCGAAUAUGAGCCCGGAGAAGGAACUCAUCUCUUGGGACUUCUACCUCAAGCUGCUUGAUGUUCUCUGCGAGUGCGACGCGGUUGCUUAUGCGAUGGAUCUCUUCCGCAGGGCAAAGCUCCCGGAGGUCACAGCCGCACGUCUUGGACAGCAGCAUCCAACGGAGUCCAAAACGGGACGGACAGACUCCUCUCUUCAAAGCAGUGGCGAGUGUGAGAUGGAUAGUGUGGAGUUAUAUCGUGCUCUGACGGCGUGUAAAGAACUUUCACACAUCACAAGGGAGGAUGCGGAUCGACUGUUGCGUAUUUUUCAUUUAAAUGGUUUGGGGAGGUUGUCACCUGCCGAGUUUGCGCAGGUGUGUGGACUGCGCACCACCUUCUUUACGCCACGGCAAUCACGAUUUACUGAACUCCAACGGAACCCCGUGCAGCGGUUCAUUUUUUGUAUGCAACAGCUGAAGUAG